AUGCCGGCGAGCGAACGAAAAGCAGGCGCGCAUAGUGUAACCAUUUCGAACCACCACCGCUCGAGCACUACUUAUCCAAGCGCUAGCAGCAGCAGCAACAACAAUAACAACAAUAACAACAACAACAACAACAACAACAACAACAACAACAACAACAACAACAACAACAACAACAACAACAACAACAACAACAACAACAACAACAACAACAACAACAACAACAACAACAACAACGCCAGUACGAGCAACGCCGGCUUGAACUCCAUCAUCUCGACCGACGAUCACAAUCACGACCUUAGCUACGACAGCAACGAGAACGGCAAGCGCAACCGAUACCAGUACAGCUGCCUUCAAUGUCAGCGUCGCAAACAGCGAUGUAGUCGCACCUUUCCCUGCGAAAAAUGCAUGCAGCGUGGCAUCGCUCAUCUCUGCUCUCCUCCUUCCAACCUGCAUCGCCCCUCGAGACGCAUACGCAUGCGUCAGAAACUAGCGCUGGCAGCUUCUGGUCAAUCCCCUUCCGAAGAUAAGCACGAGGUUCAAGACGACCUAGACGACAUGGACACCUACGAGCUCGAUGACGAGCAAGACAUAUCCUCGUCGUACCCAUCCCAAGACGCCAGUGUAGCGGCAGCCGACACCUUGCUUCAAAAUAGCCAGUCACUCGGCAAGUUAGACUCGUCCGAGGCCGCAUCCAAUCUCUUUUCACCGCCACGCAACAAGGCAUUCGAGCAGCCGCAGCGAUCGACUCAUUCGGACCAGAACUCGAGGACCCAAACCUACGCUUAUCAUCCACAUCACCACCACCACCACCAACAACAACAACAACAGCAGCAACUGUUGGGAUCGUCGCAUCGAUAUCAGACCCCACCAGACUUGCACCAGCAUCGACGCUCGCAUUCCUUUCACCCGUCGCAGGUCCAUGUCGACGCCGCGCCUCUCGCAAGCAUGCCCAUGCUGUCCCGCGGCAUGGCAGCAUCGCGCACCUCUCUCUCAUCCCCAACACGCAUGCUUCCUCCGCCUCGCAGUCCUUCAGAUAUCAGUCCAGCAUCAGCACAAGAAUCGGAUCCUUCACACAAACCACGUGUCGCGAGAGCGCCAAUCGCGUCUCGCACCAUUGAACCGGCGAGUCAUUCAGAGCUGGCCCGUACUGGGGCAGACGCACUCGCUCAAUUGGCAACAGUCGCUCAGUGGCCAGCAAUGCAUCGCCACUAUCAGCCUCCGGAUAUGUCGACAGACCAGAGAGAGGUCUCGGCAUCGAGUGCAAAUGCGGGCGCACACUCGGUCCCAAGCUCGCAAGUCUCCAACACCCACCGCAGCCAGCAAAGUAUACCCGGUUUGGAUUCAGAUCAACGCAGCAUGGUCGAUGCAGACGACGCUUUUAUCGGAAAGCCAGCGCUUAACGGUCUUGGCUGGAAUCCCUUCCGUCGUCACGAGGGGGUCGGCACCGAUCUCUUGUCUUGGACAGGCCAGCUCGGUAGAGGCUUCGGUCUGGUCAUCCCCAAGUAUGAGCUUCGUUCUGUCCAACAGUCUCUUCCAAGCAAGCCAGAAGCACAUCGCCUCCUGCAGAUCUACCUCGACGACUUUAACUGGUCACGUUUUCCGUCCAGCCCGAGCGAGCUCGUCAAAGCCAUCGAUAUCUGCAUUGAUCGGAGCUCCAUUUCGGACGACGUUCAAAUGUUGCCGCUUAUGGCCUUUUGCUUGUCCAUCUUUGGUCUAGCUACUAUUGAUCUCGCGAUGCGUCCGUAUCCGACGAGAUCAUCUCGAACCUACUUUUUCGCAGCACGCAAGGCACUGUCGCUGUCGGAAAGCCUUGGUCUACACAAGCUGGAUUCGCUUUCGGCGUCAUUGAAUCUCUGUCGAUAUCUGGACCUUUGUCGUGUUCCGAGAUCCACCUGGCUGCAGGUUGCGUCAGGCAUGCGAGGAGCUAUUGAUUUGGGUUUACAUCUGGACGGCGCUCAUCUCGGACAGAAUUGUUCGGCGACUUUGCAGAGGCGCGUGCUCUGGUCGCAUACUGUCCAUCAGGAUCGUGAAUGGAGCGUGCUUUUUGGUCGACCCAUGACCGAGAUUCCCUUCUCGACCACGCCUGCGCCGACGCUCCAAGACUAUCUCGAUACUGGGCUCGAGCUUCCCUGUGCGCAGUAUCUCGUCGUGCGCGACUCUUUCCGCGUUCACAUCGAACACAUUGCGCGCCUCUUCCAGGAAAUCGCUGCAAGCUCCAACUCCUCACCCACAAGCAGGAUCUACGAGCGAGCGCUCGAAAUCGAUCAAGACAUCGUCGCCUUUACCGAAAAACUGCCCCCCUGCCUUACUGCGGGAAUGCCUCUUUCAGGUGGCGCCAUGAGGCAUCAGGACUUCUCCACUACCUUCUACCACCACCUCUGCACCAACCAGAUCGCGCUUUUCCGCUCGCUGCUGCAUCGGCCCUUUUGGAUGGAGUCGUCCGAACUCGUUUCGAGCGACAAGUUCAAGCACUCGCGCCAGAUUUGCGUGGAGCUCGCGCUCAGCGAUCUGCGUGGGCGACGCCUUCUGUCCCGCCGUAUCCCCGUCACGAUGCUGUGCCAUCUAUACGGCAGUGCCUAUUCGCUCCUCAACAUGAACACCAUAAUCGCGAGCGACAUGCUGUACGCCCUCGAGCUUGGCGAGCUGCUCCAGGCCGAAGAAGUGCAAGAGAAGCUGGGCUUCAUUCAGGAAUACGUGGCGACCGUGCGCGCCAACAUCCAGGAGUCGCGUGGCGAUCAUCUUGCGGUCAAAGAGCUGUUUGUGAUGCGAUCGCUGCUCACACGCAUACAGGACAAGGUGGCGACGCUCAAUCCGCAGAGUGUUGGGUUCCAGGUGCUCGGGGUGCAUUAUCCAGGCGGAUGUGCAGACAGGCUGGCGAUGACGCUGACAGAGCUCCAGAGCGCGGCUAGUCUGUUGCUCAACAUGGCACGGGCCGGUGUGCGGAUCGACGAUGCGACGCGCAUCCCUCCCUCGGGUGAGGAUCGGGCAUCGGCGAGCUGUCAGUCGAAUACCAACUCUGCUCCAUCGUCUACGGGCGGCAGUGCAGGCGCAGCGGCCGGUGGGAGGAUGAAUGCUCACUCUCAAGGCUACCUUGUUGGUGGUGAUGCGGGUUUCAAUCUGAAUGGCGAUGCUUACGGGCAGAUGGCAAGUUCGGGGUCGGUCUCUGGGGUGCCCCACGCCGCCAACCCGAAUGUCGUCACUCCGUCAGCCGAGUCUCUGGACAUGUUUUUGUCCAAUGCAGACGAGUGGUUGUCGUCGCUGCUCAACCCGGGCGCUGCAGCGUUCUCUGCGCCGACUCAGAUUUCGGACUUUGGCUUUUCUCUGUUUUGA